AUGGCGUCCAAGGGCAACCCUACUACGGGACAGCUUCGAGCUUGUUUUCCUGGAGCCUAUCCGCAAGUAGCACACGAGAUUGUCCCCCGGAAUGCUAAAGACGACUUCGACUCCGCCAUACAGGCCCGCGGCUUUACGGAUAAUAUCCAGGUACUAGGGAAGCUCAUGGGCCUCGACCAGAAAUCGGUGUGCCAGGACAAGACCGGAGAGCCUACUCAGUUACACGACGAAUUUGUGUGGGUUAAAGACGUUAAGAAUACAGCAGCCGGCCUCUGCAAAGAUGCCAUAGACAUAAUCGACAAGACAGGCAUUAGUAAGGACGGUGGACUCGCAUACGCAUACAGACAGUUCAAUAAUGCCCACGAUGAACAAAGCAGCUAUCUUCACAACGGUCGAGAUCUUCUCCUCACAAUGGCCAUCAACUUCUACCCUCCUGCAGCCAUUGCCAACGAACAGAUCAAGGAAUUAGCUAAGGGAGUGCGCGAUCUCUGUUCCUCUGGCGUUUCGAGGCUCAUGGACUCAAGGGAUGGAUGCACGUCGGAGGUCAGCUGGUUCGUUUCGCAGAAGGCCAAGUACGACAAGCAUUUGGCCGCUGUCGGUGGAACACUCAGCAUGUUCUUCGAUGGUUCUAACAAUCAUGUCGGUAUGAUCAACCUUGGAUUUAGCGAGGAUAGCAACUAA